GAAAAACAAGAAGAAGAAGGAGGAUGGAGAUGGAGUCUGGGCGAAACGUGUUCACACCUGUGUCUCGUUUUCUCUUGGCAUUAAUGAUGAUGAUGAUGAGUUUGGGCACUGCACAUGCACUGCUAGAACACCCAGUAUGCAUCAACAAUGGAAACUACACAAACGGUAGCGCGUACCAAACAAACUUGAAAAAUCUCCUAUCCUCUCUCCCCUCCGCCGUCGACCCAUUUGGAUUCACCACUUCCACCGCCGGAAGCGAUUCCGACCAAGCCUACGCCCUCGUCCUCUGCCGCGGAGACGUCGAUCACGACACCUGCAGGAAAUGCGUUAACGACACCGUUUAUAAACUUACGGCAGCCUGCCCAGGCUACAAAGAGGCCUCCGGUUUUUACGAAUACUGUAUGCUUCGUUACUCGAACCGCUCUUUAACCGGUUCUGUUUCAACAAGCAAUACUUAUUACAUGUGGAACCCUUUCAACUCCACCAACGCAACCCAGUUCAACCAAGACUUGAGUGCGUUGAUGAUAGAUCUGAGGACCAAGGCGGCAAUGGGUGGCUCGCGUCUCAAGUUCGCCGCAGCGGAUAAGAUGAUACCAGACUUUCAGACCAUUUCCGCUCUGGUCCAGUGCACACCUGAUUUGACGGAGGAACAAUGCAAUAAUUGCUUGCUCGACGCAAUCGCUCAGAUUCCCAGAUGCUGUGACGGGAAGAAAGGGGGUAGAGUUAUUACCUGGAGUUGUAAUUUUCGGUUCGAGACCUAUGUAUUUUAUAAUCAGACCGGGGUUCAGGCUUUAUCUCCUGGAUUCCCACCACCACCCUCACCGGCGGCGGAAUCACCUCCUCCCCCCACAGGAAACAGCAAUGGCAAUAGUAAUCACACUGUCACAAUUGUUGCUAUUUCUAUUUCAAGCGUGGUGGGAUUCAUGUUGAUCUUUUCUCUUUGCUUUAUCAUCGUCUCAACAAGAUCCAAAAAACAUAAGAAGAAGAAGAAGAAGAACCCGAUCAUCCCUGCCAAGCCAAUCGAGAGACUUGACUCAUCCAUGAAUGAUAUAAGCUCAACUGAAAUCGUUCAAUAUGACUUCAACACAAUAAAAGAAGCAACGAAUGAUUUCUCCAAUGACAAUAGGCUCGGACAAGGUGGUUUUGGUGUUGUUUACAAGGGUGAGUUUUCAAAUGGGCAAGAGAUUGCUGUCAAAAGACUAUCUAGGGAGCAUGGACAAGGCGACCAAGAAUUCAAAAACGAGGUCUUGUUGGUUGCCAAACUACAACAUAGGAAUUUGGUUAGAAUUCUCGGGUUUUGUAUAGAUGGAACCGAAAGGCUUCUAGUCUACGAGUUUCUUGCCAACUCCAGCCUCGACCGCUUCUUAUUUGAUAGUGUGAAACGAACACAAUUGGAUUGGCAAAGACGAUUCAAAAUCAUAGGAGGCAUUGCUCGCGGGCUCUUGUAUCUGCACGAAGAUUCAAGGGUACGAAUUAUCCACAGAGACAUGAAAGCUAGCAACAUCCUUUUAGAUGUUGAGAUGAAUCCUAAGAUCUCUGAUUUCGGAAUGGCUAGGUUGUCCGUAAUGGACGAGACUCAAGGAAAUACAAGCAAAGUCGUUGGAACCUAUGGAUAUAUGGCUCCGGAGUAUAUAAUGUAUGGACAAUUCUCUGUUAAGUCCGACGUUUUCAGUUUUGGAAUAUUAGUGCUCGAGAUCAUAAGCGGUCAGAAGAAUAAUAAUUCAUUCAACAAUGGAGAAGACAUUUUGAGCUUUGCAUGGAAAUGUUGGAGGGAAGGGAGGGGUUCAGAAAUGAUAGAUCCAAUCUUAAGAGAUGCAGGAGGAUCGGUUCGCGAGAUGAUCCGAUGUAUUCAUAUCGGUCUUUUGUGCACCCAAGACAAUGCAUCGGACAGACCCACGAUGGCUUCGGUGGUGCUUAUGUUUAAUAGUUUUUCACUUACAUUGCCAGUACCAUCAGAACCUGCAUUUUUUCUAUCUAGAAUAGCCAACACCACCAACAUGUUACCUCUCCAAGAGUCUGAAGAGUCUGGGCUGAUCAGAUCAAUUAGAACUAAUAAUAGUUCUGAACAAUAUUCAAAUGGCAAUGACUCAAUUACAGAGAUGUAUCCAAGAUAGUCUAUCUUAAUUACUUGUUUUAUUGAUAAAAACAAUGUUAAAUUAUGUCUUGUAUUA